AUGGCAGGCCCCGUAAUUCAACAUACCCUGUUCCAGAUUUUAAUACGAUUUCGCUCAUACCCGGUAGCCAUCACUGGAGACAUUUGUAAGAUGUACCGUUGUGUCAAGGACAAGCUGCAAGUGUUUAAGCUGGGCACAGGCACUUAUGGCACGAAGCCUGCAUCAUUUCUGGCUGUGCAGGCUAUGCAUCAGCUGUCAAGAGACGAGCACUCUUCGUUUCCGCUUGGGGCUGAGGUCAUUCAGCGCGACUUUUACGUAGAUGAUCUGAUAUCUGGAGCCCAGACCGUGGACGAGGCUAUCAUCAUUGUAGAUCAGACUUCUAAAAUUCUGUCCAGAGGAGGAUUUAAACUUAGAAAGUGGUGCUCAAACGUUCCAGCGGCUUUGGGUGGAGUGUCUGACGAAGAUAAGGAGUCAUAUUUGAAGUUUGAUGACGGCACUGACUUUAUUAAAACUCUGGGUUUAGCCUGGGAUCCUGCUUCUGAUCAGCUCUUGUUCUCUUUAUCUGUCUUGCAGUUGACCUCAAGUCCCUGUAGGCGAUCUGUCCUGUCUGCCAUUGCACGAUUUUAUGAUCCUCUUGGAUUGGUUGGUCCGGUGAUAGCAAAAGCGAAAAUUUUCCUUCAGCAAUUGUGCAAGAAAAGGUUGUUCUGGGAUGAAAGCCUUCCUGAAGCUCAGAAUACGGAAUGGAGUUCGAUAUGCAGGAGUUCUGUGCAAAUCAAGCGUUUGUGUUUCCCUCGGCUAGUGCUGUCUCCAAACUCAGAGAUUCAAGUCCAUGGAUUUUGUGAUGCCAGCAUGGAAGCAUACGGCGCCUGUGUCUACAUCGUGUGCAGUGGACAGUCACAGUUGCUUUGUUCAAAGUCAAGGGUUGCUCCCUUGAAGACACUCACCGUGCCCAAGCUGGAGCUUUGUGGAGCCGAUCUCUUGUCUAAGCUCAUAGAGGGACAGUAUUAUUGUUGGAGUGACUCUGCGGUUGCGCUCUCCUGGAUCCGAGACGAGCCCUUCAGGUUCAACAUGUUUGUGGCAAACCGAGUUGCUGCCAUCCAAGAGCGAACCGAUUCGAUGGAGCGUUACGUUCCAACUUCUUUGAAUCCGGCUGACAUUCUCUCCCGAGGUGUCCUUCCCACUGAGCUGAGCGAGUCCCCUAUCUGGUUUAACGGGCCGACAUUUCUUUGCGGACCCAAGUGUAGGAUUGGUAUAGGAUAG